GAGGUUGUCGAACAUGCGGUGGGACUUCGGAAAGAUGAAUAUGGAGGUGGAAUGAGACAGGAUGGGAGGGUGGAGCCAUGCCAAAAAGUGGGGAAGGGUUCAGAAUAUUCAGGCAAUGCAAGGGUCAGUAACAAGAAGAUCAAGCAGGAUUCAAAUAGAAUUAAGCACCAGGAACUUACAAAUAGAACCUAAAAACGGUCAAUGUGCUAAACACUGAAAUCCUUGUAAAUACUGUUCGAAUUUUGCACCGGCGUAUAAAGGAAAACCAGCACAGAAGGAACACAGACGCAUGCGGCAGGCGUCCCCGCCAGAGGCCACUAGACCACCAGGGUGGACUCACACUACUGUCCCAGUUGCCUGGAGAAUAUGCCAUCAGCAGAAGCAAAGCUGAAAAAGAACAGAUGUGCAAACUGUUUUGACUGCCCUUGCUGUAUGCACACUCUUUCCACCAGGGCAACUAAUAUACCAGCCCCACUCCCAGAUGACCCAGCCAAAACUACCAUGAAGAAAGCCUAUUACCUCGCCUGUGGAUUUUGUCGUUGGACUUCCAGGGAUGUUGGGAUGGCUGACAAAUCAGUUGCUAGUGGUGGGUGGCAGGAACCUGAGAAUCUACACACACAGAGGAUUAAUAAACUACUAGAGUAUUACCAGCAACUGGCACAGAAGGAGAAGAUUGAGAGGGAUAGAAAAAAGCUGGUGCGCCGUCGCAACUAUAUGCCACUGGCAUUUUCUCAACACACUAUUCAUGUGGCGGAUAAGUAUGGACGUGGAACAAGGCUCCAGCGCCAGAGGUCAGGGGCACCUAUUACUGCCCUUGCUGGGCUGACUCUUAAAGAAGGGGAAGACCAGAGAGAGAUAAAGAUUGAGUCAGCACAAGCUGUUGAAGAAGUUGAACCAUUACCAGAAGAUUAUUACACCAGGCCUAUCAAUUUAACUGAAGUUACCACUCUGGAUCAGCGCUUGCUACAACCAGACUUCCAGCCCAUAUGUGCCUCACAGCUGCAUCCUCGUCAUAAACAUCUCUUAAUUAAGCGAUCGCUGCGAUGCAGGAAAUGUGAACAUAAUUUGAGCAAGCCUGAAUUUAACCCAACAUCUAUCAAGUUUAAGAUCCAGCUGGUGGCCCUGAGCUAUGUUCCAGAAGUAAGGAUUAUGUCUAUCCCCAAUCUGCGUUACAUGAAGGAGAGCCAGGUCCUUUUAACCUUAACUAACCCAGUGGAGAACCUCACUCAUUUGAACAUUCUCCCAUGUGAGGAGGGGGACCAAGAUGACAUCAACAGCUCAGCAAAGGUGAUUUUACCAAGCAAGGAGCUGAUUCUAGCAGGAAAAGAUGCUGCCGCAGAGUAUGAUGAGCUGGCUGAACCACAAGAUUUCCAGGAUGAUCCAGAUGUUGUUGCCUUUAGGAAGGCCAAUAAAGUUGGUGUUUUCAUCAAAGUCAUGCCUCUUCAAGAAAAAGGAAAAGUGAUAGUGAGUUUUAAGCUUAAACAUGACUUCCGAAACCUGGCAGCCCCUAUCCGACCUCUUGAAGACAGCGAAUCCAGUUCUGAGGCAGUCUGGCUUACUCAUCAUGUGGAGCUUGACCUGGGGCCUGUAGUCCCACCUGCUCAGUAAGGUGCUAAAUAGCUGGCACCUGCACAGGAGCAGCUAACUGGGGCCUCCUUCUCCAGCACUGACAGGCUAAGGUGGCGUUACCAGUGGUUUAGGCAGCCAUACAGCCAUACAGAGUGGUGUUUGUCUAACAGGAAACAAUGGGAGGAUGCUAGUGUGUUUGCCAGUGGCAUAUCUUGUCUGUCCUUUAAUGGAAAUCUUUAACUCUGGUAGGAACAAUGUAGUUAUGCCAUACAUGUUCUUGUUAAACUGCAAACAUCAAUAUGCUAAACAGCCCACAAAGAUCUGCACCUCCCACACGUAACUUUCUUCUUAGUAUUUAUACAGUGUAAAUAUACAAAAUACAUAUGCUAUGCUUGAGCAAUCUCCUAAGAAUCUCCUUACUUUGCUAGUUUCUCUAUAUCUGGGAUAUAGGACCAUAGUUCAUGUAACAUGGCACUUACCAACAGGCAUAUAUUUUGUUAUUAACCCCUUGUCUGUGGGUGAAAAAAAUAAAACAUGAGCUUGCCAUUUUGCAAUAACUCGGAUAUACAGUA